UCAUCCUCAUCCUCGCCACUGAUUAUCGUUCUCAUCCGCUGUCCCUGGAACGGUCACUGAGCCGACUGGUAGUGGGAACAACAAGUGGCGAUAUUUUCAUCGCUUACGGCUGAAACUUGUGGGAAGAACAACAACAUGAAGUCGGUGGCGACAACAUUGUUACAGAUACUGUAGUGCAUCAUCAUCGACUACAACUACCACCACUGCUACUACUUCAUCUAGUAGUACUACUACAUAGACCACCUACUCGAAUAGUACGAGGACUGCAAUUACUGACCACCUGCAGACGAGACCAUCUACUGUUGCUAGACUGAAGAUUACAAUCAGUCCAUCCACCUGGAACCUUGGGCAACAUAAACACCAGUCACCUGGGACAACAGAGUACGACCAUCCACCUUGGACAACAGAGUGCCACCAUCUUCUACCUAGAACAACAUAAAUACCGACGACAAUGGCAGCUAAUACUAGUGUAAACUCGAGUAACCCGCCUCGGCUUGCAAGUGUAGUCGGUUUCAAUGCGGAUUUAGGCGUUUUUCCUUUCGAAGAGAAGCUCAUCUAUGCUGCCGGAAAUGUUACGGCUUCCCCAAAUUCAUCUUACUUAAGAAGCAUCUUACGUUGAAACACUUCCUCCAAGGGGAAAAGGGGUCAAAGAUGCGCUUCAAGAUGAAUAUAGAGAAGGGCUAAAAAUGUCGUGAUCGCUGCGCAGGGACCGGCACAAGUGUUUAUGCCGUUGGCCUCUCUCAUCACAGCUCUCACGCUAUGCAAGAGUGGACUGGUGGAGAGCGCGGUACAAGGAACCUAUUUAAGUAUCUGAUUGUUAUAAUUGAUGAUCCUACCGUAGUAGAGAAGAGGAAGAUGUAUGAUAGUUUUUGUUGCUCUUGCUUCUAACAGUAGCAGUAGCAUAAAGACCUAAGAAAAACGAGACUAUACUAAUGACACGUAGUUGUAAGUAAGUCGAGACACGACAUUUUAUCGUCGAUGAAGAUACGAGUACAGUUUGUCUUUAUUUGUCGGUCACUCAAUUCUUAUUCAGGUCCCAGUAUCAGCUAUUGUACCUUUGGUUGCUGCUGCUGGUGCUCCGACAGGCAAUACUUUCACAGAACUGCGUGUUUUCUUAUGCACCAUGAUGAAUACCAUGUUGGUAUCAAAUUGUCUAGAUGUAGUAGUAGGUGCUCCUUCAUAUCUAGUUCGCGUUCUAGUUUCGAUGUAACUACUACAAGGUGCACGAUCUACCUUGUUAUAGCAAGACGCUCCAUAAUGAUACCUUUCCCUAGACAUAUUCUACGAGCAUCAGCACACCCACAUGAUUCGGACACGGUUCUAAUAUCAGCAGACUUCGGAAAAGGGAGCUAUGGGCCAUUAUGCCAUCAUAUGACGGAGAUCGACCAGUUGGCUUUCACUGCGGAUGGCAGCAAACUGAUUUUUAAGAACCUGCUUGCAUUCAUGAUAGAUCUGGAACUGGAUUGUCCUACUCCUAGCAGCAGUAAUUUCACCAUGGACAUGGAUGCUUGAGUAUCUAUAAUGAUGCCUGAGUGAUUAUAGUCCUGUUGGGCUAGAAAAUCAAGGAACUUGUUCGCAUUUUCUCUCAAUAGUAUAACUAUAAUGCAUAACUUCUGAAUAGAAAGCUAUCUUCACCACUCUCUAAUUUUUCAAUCGAACGCAAUCGGACGAUGGGCGUUUGGGAACUGGUAGGGAAAGGCCUCGGCAACUCAACCACAAGAAGGAACGCUAGUCAUGGUAUUUAGAUUAAUGUUCAAUAUUACCAGCAAAAAUGGAUUACCGAAAGCGAGAGUGAUACGCUAUGAUACAAUCGGUAUCAGUGUAUCAAAUGAAGCAAAAGCACCGUUUGCCUCUCACAGAGAAGAACAUUUUCAAUAUGACCAUCAAGCAACAUGAAUAUCAAUGAGAUAUUAAGCCACUACACGUCGCGACUUGUAGCAACAUCAUCCAGAUAAGCCACUACACGUCGUGACUUGCGUACAGAGUAGUAGUUUGGUGCCAUCCGGACUUCGUGCUAUUAAUGGUAUCACACCUCUGCCGGUUCUUUCCACCUGGGAUAAUGUCGUGAAUUUCAGCUCAGAACUGCGCUACAGACCAACGGGAAAAAACGCUGUAUGAAUUGGUUUUGGUGAAGGAUUAAGUACAACUAUGGAUUGGUACACAGGGCGGAUCGUACUAGUUGUUCUAUUUCAUAAAUACAUUCGCCUCUUGUUCGUACUCGGGCUAUAUCUUACCCAGUACAUGAAGUAACCUAAUAUCCCAAAAAGUCGUAGAUGAGUACCCUCAUAGUACCCUCUCAUAUCCCCUCGUUGCGGAUCGCAGUACACGCUCAGAGAAGACUGCAUGUCCAGUGGAAGGACGUUAUUUUUACAAGGUCCGGAUACCUGGCGAGCGACCACCCUUACGAUUCGUCACUUGGGGUGCGCAAACAGCCACAAAAUUCUACUCCAUCGAUCGACGACAUCCAAAACAGUAUGAACGGAGACUAAGUAAUUCUACUCCAUCGAUCGACGACAUCCAAAACAGUGUGAAGAAGGGAGUAAUCAUAGAUUUACAGAUUUACAAUAGUUUUGCCACUUGCAAUGGGGUACUGAUGUUAGAUCCUUUUUGUGCUUGUCAGGGUACUUCCCUCACGAAGAUACCGCGAUUACACAACGAGGCUAGUAAGCUGCCUUGUAUGACCUGGUAUAACAGAGUGAGAAGUGGUAUUCGUGAUCGUAAUAGCUGGUGUAUGCUAUACAUCACAAUGAGCGAGAAGCAAGGAGUCCCCUUCAUACUCAGGCGCUCUGUGUGUCGAAAGCGAGUUUCAAUUGCGAGGAGCUCAAUCUAACGAAUACAUGCGUCGAGCAACGUACUAGUAUUUGUCCUACGAAGAUUACGUGCGUUGCGCUCCAUCGGAUGAGAAAGAUAAUUACCGCAACUAAAUCACAUUUUCUGUAUCAUCGAUACAGCUUACGCUAUCGUACAUGUAACUUGAUAGAAGUACCUUGUGAAUUGUUUAUGUCAUCAUCAUGUUGAUCUUCAUCUUCAUUUCUCAAAAAAUCAGAUGUGGUUACCUCGUGUUGUGUCUUGGCAGAUGGUGUGCACACACUUUUGGGAGUGCAGAACUCGCAAGUUUUCUUUUUCGAGGAUGCGCAGGCCUUGCGCGUUUUCGCCCCUCCGGCAGCACCAGGACCUUCUUUCGCGAUAACGAGUCUAGUUUUUUAUGGACGAGAUGACUCUCAUUGCGGAUCAAUUCCAAUGAGUACACCUGGCAUUCAUAAUGACUUAGAUACGACUAGAAUUUACUACUUCAAUUUUUUGUAGAACUCCUGUGAUUUUGGGUGCUGCAAGUACGAUCGCAUCCCUGCGUACUUCUAGUCCAGGUCCAUCCUCCUCCAUCUUCAUUCCCAAGUCGGCAACAGCGAGGACUCAGCAUCAAGCAGUGGGACUGUAGCAGUCGGUCUCGCGAGUGGGCAGAUUCUUUCUGUUGGCGAAGGUUUCUUCUUCGAGGAAGUCUCUCGACAUCUAAGUAUCCGCGGACCAAGUGCAGCAGGAGGAGGAGGAAGGGGAUCGGUGCCAGGUACCAGAGUUGUACACUUGGCUUACACUUAAAAGUGUGGAUAAAAAAGGGUCGGUCGUUGUCUUUGUUCCUCAUGUAUGACCAUCAAUCUUCAUCGUCAUUGAUCGAUGUGCGUGAUCCAUAACCUAGCCUCAUUAUCCUCACCGUCAUUCUUCUCUUAUAACCUUCGUGCUUGAAGAAGAGUCAAAAGAUUUCAUGUAUCCGCUUCAAUGAUUUAUAGGACGCAAAGCCUCAGUCCCGGCAAGAAGCCAUGUAUAUGCUAACAGCAAGAUGCCAGCUGUCCUACCUGCGGACUCGGUCCUCGAUGUCACCUCGGGUUAAGAAAGGUUUGUUUUUUUUUCUCUUGAGCAGAGCUUUAGAUUAGCUAGGGUCGCAUGUGAGCGCGAUUUUCUAGGGUCGCAUCUUUCUCCUUGAUGAUAUCCUUGUUGCUAACAAGAAAAGCCUAAUUAAAUAUCACACAGUGAUAAACAUUGCAUCACCUCUAGUUAGGCAAAUUCGUUCAGAUUCCAGAUAUUGCCAGCUCAUCCUUCGCGCCUUGUUCUUCUUCAUGUUUCACUUCUUCUUGCUUAUACUGUCAUUCACGUGCGGUUGCGGCCCUUUGGUUGCAUUUGGCUGGGUUUUUCGAUUCUAUCCUCCUGA